CUCUAUUCGCGAAAGCAAAUGGUUAACACAGCGAUUGCUGUGCUGGACUUGAUUGUGUAAUAUAAUAUAUAAAUAACACUUCCGUUUUGGAUUUACAGCUUGAUGGAGUGAUUCCUGGCGUGUCUAUGAUUUCGUCUUGGAGUACAUAUAUAAGGCCCACGACAAGUCAAUGAUUGUCAUAACCACACACACCUCCCUCUACCGGCGUACCCUCUAGUCACGUGACAUCAGGACGCGCACAGGGGCGGAUCUGAACACAAGAUCUCCACUAUGGACAACGAACCAGAAAGCGCAAGUCAAAACACAAAUAAGGAAGGAAGGGAAACAGUCGACUUGAAGUGGGGCAUAUACAUAGACAUCACUUACUGCAAGAGUAUACAUGGCAUUCUUACUGCCGCUAUAACGAUUAUUUCCCUGAUCGGGUUCAUCUGUCUGUCGGCCGGACGCGCCAACAUAUACUGCGAUGCCGUGUACGGCUCCGGCUACAGCUUCUACGGCUUCGUCUCCAUGUCUGACUUCCUCACGGGCCUCAUCAACUACAUCAUAUAUGUGCUCGUUCUGUACGAAAAAAUCAUCUUCAAGUUUGUCCCCUGGAAGAUAUGGGACCUCAUAUGGUCAUCUGUGUGGUCCUUUUUCUACUUCAUCGCAUCAAUCCUGGUGGCUGUACAAGCAUGUGGUCAGGCUGGGAAUGCGGCAGCAGCGGUGUUCGGCUUUAUGGCGCUGGGUUUGCAUUUAGCAAUGGCUUACUUCUCCUUCAAAGCAUGGCGCGAAGAACGCUCACAGCCUGGAGGGGUGACCGGACCACAGGCGACAAGCUCUCCCCCCGAAUACAGUGCCGAGAAGAACUUCGAACAGUACUAAAACAUUAUGUUGGGACAAGGUGCCACACCCACGAAUCCAUCAUCUUCAUCUUUUAUUUUACUUGAUAUGAAUUAUAAUAUUUUGAGUUCUUACACAUUGUGCUCAUGAUACUAUUUUUACAAAACCAACUGUAAAUAUCAACGAUUUUUGUAUCGACAAAUGCAGAAUAUAAAUCUGGCAACAAUCGCAUCACUGGAAGCUCUUGUGUACUCACGGACCGAACAUACGCUACGAGCCAGUGACGGAUGUCAGCCCUUCAUCACGUAUGACUCAAUUGUUUAUACGCGUUUCUGGGGUACAACAUUUCCAUGGAAAGUGGGGGCGGUGGGGUAGCCUAGUGUUUAAAGCGUUCGCUCGUCACGCCGAAGACCCGGGUUCGAUUCCCGACAUGGGUACAAUGUGUCAAGCCCAUUUCUGGUGUCCUCCGCCGUGAUAUUGCUGGAAUAUUGCUAAAAGCGGCGUAAAACCAUACUCACUCACUCACUCACUCCAUGGAAAGUGUACAGGCCCAAAAAGCGUGAGCUGUAAGAAAGCAAGGAUAAUAGCUUCCUAUUCUGGACUUAACACCAUCAGAGGGCUAGUGAUAUUUUCUAUCACUGUUAUAUUGGGUGUGCCGUCCCAUAAGAGUGCUUUUCAUAGAAGGUUUGAAUGUUUUGCAUUGUUUUUUGGGACAUAGAGAAAAUGUAAUGUUUUUGAUAGAAUACACAACUGUCAAUUGGCAUCCCUGUAGCCUAAACUAAUCUAGUAACUGACGUGCAUCAUGCCGUGUCCUACUGGUACAUGUAUGAUAUUGGUGUUUACGUUGCCUCUUCUCGAUUACCCAGUGUAUCAUAAUAGAAUGGUGAUAUAAUACACUGGAUAAUCGGGGCAGGUGUUACCUUUGUCACUGUUGCAUCUGUAUAUAUACAUAUAUAUGCGUAUUUAUUCAUGCAUUAAUGCCGAAUGGCAAUUUAACACCACUUAAUUUAUCUGAGAAGAAUUUACAUAGUGUCCUUGAUUCCUUACAACUACCCUUCUUCUCAAGGACAAAUAAACUGAUGGGCAAAAGAAAGUAUACACUUGAAAAUUGGAUUUGACCAAACAAUUACAUACGUUGUCAAGACGUAACUAGAGUGAACACAGUCCCCGAAACAGUGUAGACUUAGGUCUCAAACACAACUAUGAUACCGGAUGAAAUACAUCACCAUCCAGUAACCAUUUCUUGAUUGUUUCAUUUUAGUGACCACCAGACAUGGGUGUCUACUUUCUUUUGCCCGCAGCUUAUUCCUGUUUGAAGUAAGGUUAUUACCAUUCGGUAUACACCAAUUUUCUUGAUUUCGUUAGUGUAUGUUCUCUUAUUAAUACCAAGUUCCACUGGACAAGAUACCGUCGGUCAAGUACUGAGAUAUAUUUUGGCCAUGUUAGCUUAUUAAUGGGAUUUUCACCAGUGUAGAUCAUUUCGGUGAAUAAUACAUUAAUUUCUUAUUCGGUACCAGACAGUAUAUUACAGCCUAAACCCAUGUACAUACUUCAAAGACAGGGACAUUCGGGUUUUAGAAUUAUUAUCGUCCUCACCACUUGAUAUAGAAUCACGAGAUAUACUGCUUACGAUAAACAUCAUUGGAUAUUUCUUGAAAGGCGCACUUUGCAUUAUUUUUCUUUACUGUAAGUAAUAUUUAUCAUCCAAAACUGGCUCCCACGGAGAUAUGGCUUGGGUGAGAUCAAGCGAUAUCUACAGUGUAUUUUUACGAUGAGAAAUUACGAUGGGAUCAGAAUUAUGUUAGAUGGAGUGAGUAAGAUAACACUGAGGCAUGAUAGGUGACCUGUCCAUCUUGAUAAUUGUCUUCCAUCACAUAUAUUUGGCAUAAUUAUGAAACAAUUAAGUGACAGAAAGGGGUGAUUGUCAUAUAUAUUUUAUGUUUAAAGUUUAAAAUACAUUGAUAAAAUCGUUCUCGUUAUCGGCGCUUAAUAGCAUGAUCGAUAUUCUGUAGGUACUAGAAAUUAGAAAAUUCAAUAGUACCUUAAUUUGUAUUUAAGUGAGUUUGUAAUGUAAGCAUGUUCAUAACAACGUGUGUAAGUUAUCAAAAUAAAAUUCACAUUGUU